AUGAAGGUGAGGGUGGUGUGUAGGAAGCUGUACGAUUACGUUCGCUAUGAUCUGAAAGAGAUUGCAUUUCCAUCUUCGCUGCCAGACCCUCCUCAUAUCAAGAAGCGCCGCAAGCUCACAUGGAAUGAGCGGUUCUUGGUGUUGAAGGAGGCUUCUAGGCUGUAUGCUGCCAGCUGGGUUCGGGAUAUUGGUCCUGAACUGCGACCUAAUGAUUUUAAGGAUGAAGAGAGUGAAGAUAAACCUGGUAGACCACAGGGCCCGGCUAAAGAGAAAGAACCCUCAACAUUAGAGGAUCUUGCUGUGGCUGCUAGAGGAGGAAUGGAGACGUUAAAACCUGCUCUACAGCGUGUCUACAUGACAAGAGCUUCUGCAUACAAAGAUGCUCUUCAAAGUUUUAUACAUGGGUACCAAGAAGGAAUCCAGCAGAAGUAUCCCACAGAGAUGGCUGAUGGAGAAAUUCUUGAGUGUGGUUGCCGCAUUGGCCAGCCCUACACAAGAUGCUCUCCGCCUGUUUGGUACUGCCAGCUUCAGUUUCUGUAG